GCCAUAACUGACAUUUACUGUUGAUUAGCUUGUUUAGCACUUUGUCUUCUCAUUCAAUUUCCACUGUCUUGUCAAGUAGUACAGAGGUCCUACCUUCACAGAUUUUUGCCUCUGUUGGUUACUUCAAUGUCUUCAAUCGUAGAAUUUGGAAUUUGGGAGCAAAACAUACAUUUUCUGGCAAAAAGCCAAAGUUGUCUCAGCAGCUCAUUCUUCUGCUGCCUGUUGUCUCCAGAAUUCUAAAAUCUCUCUCUUUCACUCUCUCACUUUCUCACUCUUUCACUCUCUCUCACUUUCUCUCUCUCUCACUCUCUCUCUCUCUCUCUCUCUCUCUAUCUCUAUCCCCCCCCCACUCUACACAAGGUGUGUGUUGCGUAGUUUACGCUGCCAUCCUGGAGGAGCAUGGACAGGUGGGAGGUGAGAUCAUCAUGCUGUGUUCCUUCCAGAAGCGGUUUGCAACCUUCUCCAAGUACCUCCAGAGAGACCAAAGCGGCCUCUCACACAAGGUCAUCGAGUCUGCCCGCGGAGGAAUGUGCGCGUCGACGGGCAGAUACUCUCUCUGCGAUGAAGACCAGAGCGGCGUGGUGACUGUGACCGUCACCGUCUGCAACUUGACACUAGGGGACGCUGGCGGUUACCGAUGUUGUGCAAACACAAGAUCAUUUCAAGACCCGUGUCACAUGAUCUGGCUCGACGUCCAUAAUCAAUCUACGACAACGCUGACACCACUAGUUCCUACAGUAAACUCAGAGGCUUCACACUCUUCAUCUUCACCGGCAUCAUCAAUGUCAUCAUCAUCAUCAUCAUCCUCCUUGUCACCACCACCACCAUCACUAUCGUUACUGUCAUCACAUACAACAGCAUCAGCUCUCCCUGAACAGUCCACCACAACAAAUAGUCCAACCACAAAAUCUCAAAAAAGGGACACUGGUGAGUAUGUGAACACUUGUCACACUGCCAUUCACAACCACCCUCAGAUGGGCCCGUCAGUGUGCUCUAAGGCAAAUAUCACACCAGGAACUGGAAACGCUAAUCUGAACUACGCAAACAACCCUGAGACUGUUUUCUUCAUUCGCCUGGGAACCCCCACCCCAACCGAGCCCGUCUACCAGCCCCUGUGCUACCCCACCACCCCUGCAGACACAGACGACUACUUGAGCCUCAACCCGGCCACCGCUGUGUCCAGCACAGGCCAGGGGAGCCCUCUGUAUCUAAGCCUGGACUCCCACGCCAGCCUGUCAGACACCAUCUAUGAUAGCCUGCAGUGAGUGAGCUUGACCCAUGUGUAAAACGCCAUCUAUGAUAGCCUGCAGUGAGCUUGACCCAUGUUUAUACAGACGCCAUCUAUGAUAGCCUGCAGUGAGCUUGACCCAUGUGUAUACAGACGCCAUCUAUGAUAGCCUGCAGUGAGCCUCAUCCAUGGACACUCAAUUGAACUCAACUCAGUUCAAUUCAGUGCACUAUUCUGCCAUAAAGGAAAAUAGUGUUGCCAUAGCAUAGAACACAUCACACAGCCCAAGGACUCCAAGGACUCUGUCGGAUCCUGUCUGCCUCUUCCUGCUUUUUAACUUUGUCAGGCUUAACAACAUGUGCUCUUGCUCUCAUACUAAGCACACACACACACACACACACACACACACACACACACACACACACACACACACACACACACACACAAAGCCAUGUAUUUGAAUAUGUUCUGUCUGUAUGGCUCUGCUGCAUUUAAUAAAUAGUAAAUACUGAAUACUCUU